UUUCAGAACUUCUCGAAAACUAGCAAAAUUUUCUUUGUAAUUUAAUUUACAAAGUAACCUUUAUUAGACUACCGUCGGUUUUGUGUCAAAAGUGCGGAAAAGUUCGUCAAGAAACCCGGAUUACUGAUGAGAAAAAAUAUACGUGGAUUGUGAAAUUUACCAAAACACUACUGAGCGUAACAUAGAUCGUAAACUCACAUUUUAAAAAUGCUUCGCCAAAUAACAUGCCGUCAAUAUCGUAACCUGAAACGGUACUACUCAACUGUAUCGGCCCCAAAAGUAAAUCCGGCUGUUAUUUCAACUGAUCGAUAUAAACCUGGUAGCUAUUAUAAUGGAUUCAUCUGUACACAAUCUCAGUACAUUGCGGAUUUCAACAUGACUGCCUAUAUGUUUCAACACGAGCGCACCGGAUUGGAAUAUCUGCAUAUCGAUCGAAAUGAUCCGAACAACGUGUUUUCAGUUAACUUCCGUACUACGCCCUUCGAUUCCACUGGUCUUCCGCACAUCCUAGAGCACAGUGUCCUUUGCGGUUCUAAACGCUUUCCGGUGCGCGAUCCGUUUUUCAAAAUGCUGAAUCGUAGCAUGGCUACUUUUAUGAACGCAAUGACCGGACCGGACUACACGCUUUAUCCAUUCUCAUCUAUGAACGAAGUAGAUUACCGCAAUCUGCAGUCCAUAUACCUGGAUGCUGUUUUUCGACCAAACCUAAAAUACCUGGACUUUCUACAGGAAGGCUGGCGGUUGGAGCCUUGCGAUAUGAACAACCAACAAUCCGAUUUGAUUUUUAAAGGUGUUGUAUAUAAUGAGAUGAAGGGAGCUUUUUCGGAAAAUUCAGCUAUCUUUGGACAAAGGUUUUUCAAUACAAUUCUACCGGACCAUACUUAUGGUUACGUGUCCGGUGGUGACCCCCUGGAGAUACCUAAAUUGACACACCAAGAUUUGGUGAACUUCCACAGUAAAUAUUAUCAUCCGAGUAACGCUAGAAUUUUUAGCUACGGCAAUUUUAAUUUGGAUAAAACUAUGGAGUUUGUGCACCAUCAAUAUCUAAAUGAUUUCGACAAAAUCGACUCCAGUUACAGUAUUAUUCCAUCCCAAAAACGAUGGCAAACGCCGAAAAAGACGCACAUCGAAAGUCGAUAUGAUAAUAUGGGAGCACCGAUGGAAAAACAGAAUCAAAUUGCCAUCGGAUUUCUAAUGCCGGACAUAACAAACGUGUAUGAAUCAUUUCUGAUGUACAUUUUAAGCGAACUGUUGAUCAAAGGCCCCAAUUCAUACUUUUACAAAAGCCUCAUUGAGCCAAACAUAUCUGGUGGCUACAAUCAGCUAACCGGCUUCGAUCCCAAUAUCCGAGAUACAAUGUUCGUUGUAGGUCUGCAAGACGUUGCAGUGGAUGACUUCGAUCGUGUACAGCAAAUAUUCGAUCGUACGAUCGAUGAAGCCAUCGAAAAAGGCUUUGAGAAAAAUCAUCUUGAAAGUGUUCUUCAUCACAUUGAACUGCACAUGAAGCAUCAGUCCACCAAGUUUGGAUUGGGCUUGCUAUUUAAUUUAACACCUCUUUGGAAUCAUAAUGGAGAUUUGAUCAAAUCACUGAACAUAAGCGCGCUGGUGCUUCAGUUAAAAAAUAAUUUACAGAGAGAUCCGCAGUACCUGCAAAAGAAGGUGGAAUAUUAUUUCCGUAACAACGGACACAGGCUGACAAUGACCAUGUCCCCGGAUGAGCAUUACGAAAAGAAAUUUAGUGACAAAGAAAAUAAAAAUUUAGUAGAAAAAACGGCCACUCUCACGAAUGAUGAUCGAGCGAGAAUUUAUACCGAAGGACUUCAAUUGUCAGAAGCACAGAAAGCAAUCCCAAAUACGGAGGUUUUACCUUGUCUUAAGCUUGACGAUCUACUCAAAUCUAAUCAGGAAAAUGACGUCAAGUCGCUGAUUGUUCAAAAUGUUCCGACACAAACAUGUAGAGUAGACACUAAUGGUGUAACGUAUUUCCGCGGCAUUCUUAGUGCAAACGAGCUCUCUGAAGAACAAAAGCUGCUACUACCAUUGUUUAAUGCGACUAUCAACCAGUUUGGUACGAAACAGUUAAACUAUCGCGAUUUUGAUCAGUUAAUAAACUCAAAAACUGCUGGCAUCCAUUUCAGCACACAUCUAGUGGAAGACAUUAAUGAUAACGGCCAGUACGAGUUUGGUGUCUUAUUUGGGACGUAUGCAUUGAACGAAAAUGUUUCUGAAAUGUUUAACAUCUUGCAACAAAUCCUGACCGAGAUGGACCUGACGGAUGUUUCUCGAUUUGAAAUGUUGCUGGAAAAUUACCUGUCGGAACUGUCGGUAGGCAUCGCACAGUCAGGUCAUUUGUAUGCUAUGCAAAAUGCGAACGGACUAGUCACCGAGUCGGGGCGGCUUCGCGAGCAGCUCAUGGGCAUCGAACAUAUAUCGUUCAUGAAAGAGCUCUCGAAAAAUAACAGUCCAGAAAAGAUUUUCGAGAAGCUUCGCUCAGUCGCGGACACCCUCUUCCGUAAAUCCCACUUGCGAUGUGCACUAAAUUAUGGACUUGAUAGUGAAACGAAAAUUCUCGCAGAAUAUAACCGAUUCAUUAGUAAUAUACCACCCAGACUACAUGGAAAAACGACAUUCAACGUUUCCAAACCACUCGCUACACCGGCUAACCAUCGGCAUACUGUGAUGAACAUUCCUAUCAAUUACUGCGCUAAAUCAAUCGUGACGGUGCCCUAUUCUCACUCGGACUAUGCACCACUCAAGGUACUGGCAAAGUUUUUGUCAGUCAAGUACCUGUUACCGGUUGUACGCGAACAAAACGGCGCCUACGGGGCGGGAGCAAAGGUUAGCUCUGACGGGUUAUUCAAUUUCUUCAGUUAUCGGGACCCCAACUCACGAGGUACGCUGGACGUAUUCGAUGCCGCUCACCAGUGGGCUAAACAAUCGCUGUCCAAUAUGGACGAACAAACCCUGUUCGAAGCCAAACUUGGUGUGCUCCAGCAGCUGGAUGUACCGAUUGCACCUAUUGAUCGCGGUAUGGAUUUGUUCCGACACGGGAUAAGCGAGCAAAUAUUUGAAAAGCACCGGGAAGCGGUGUUGUCCGUUAACCGAGAACAACUCACGGAAGUAAGCAAUCGCUAUCUAAAGCCGUCGACCGGUAAGACGGUAGGAAUAAGUAUACUGGGUCCUGAGAACGAAGCACUGAAACGUGACGGAGAAAAAUGGAGCAAAUGUUCACUUUAAACAGGAUUUUGUUACCUAUAAGUUGUUGAUGUAAUGGAAAAUAAAUUUAACUUUAAUAUGUAUUUUGAAAAUCGAAACACUUUCGUGGGUCUCAGUUCUAAGUU